AAUUAUAAUCAUUUUCAAGUUUCUUACUCUUUGUUCCUAUAGCAGCUGAAGACGAAGAACAACGAAAAAAAGAGUGAAAAAUGAAUGCACCAGAUCGUUACGAACGAUUUGUCGUACCAGAAGGCGUUAAAAAGGUUUCGUAUGAGAGGGAUACGAAGAUAAUGAAUGCAGCAACAUUUACAGUUGAAAGAGAAGACCACACUAUUGGCAACAUUGUUCGCAUGCAAUUGCAUAGGGAUGAGAAUGUCCUGUUUGCUGGAUACAAGUUGCCUCAUCCUCUUCAGUACAAAAUCUUGCUCAGGAUUCAAACAACAAGCCAGUCCUCACCUAUGCAGGCAUAUAACCAGGCUAUAAAUGAUCUUGAUAAGGAACUUGAUCAUCUUAAGAAUCAGUUUGAGACUGAGUUGGCCAAGCACACGAGGGACUACUAAUCUUUCAACAGUGAUAUUUGGUUCUCAACAACCGUUGCCUCGUGAAAUUUCCUGGUUCGGUGUAGGCUAGGAGUUUGUUUUGUCAAGUCUUGGGCUGUAUGUAAGUCUUGGUCUGUAUGUAUGAUGUUCAACUAGUAGCUACAGUUUGGCCUGGUUUUAAAGUUGUACUUUGAGGGUCUGGUUUAUCCCUCAAGUUUAGGUUCAGAAAUUGCUUGUGCAGGUUUAAUUUAAACUAUUUGGCAUGCU